UUUCUCAAAAAAAAUCUCGCUCUGAAUAUCUUUCAAUCUCCCAAUUUUUCUUCCUAAAUCGUAUAAUUUUCCGUUUACUUUUUUCUUAUCUAAUAAUCUAGUUCUUGCUUUUCUUUCUUUCUUUCUUUUUUCUCGUAAUCAAAUGGCUGAAAUGGGCAUGGAGAGUUCCGCUCUGGUCGUUCUUGAUAAAGAUCCAACGGUGGAGAAUUGCGGAUCAAAGCCUUCUCCGAACUCACACACUGAACUUUUGGAAGAGCAUACCGACUCCAUGGAUGAAGAUACUAUAUCCAGCAUGAACCAAGAAAUAUCUCCAGAUCAGGGGCCAACUCUUCCGAUAUUACAGAAAGUUAUUAAUUUGAGUAACCGUGUUCAGAAUUUGAAGAAAGAGCAUGAAAUUCUGUCUAAUCAAGUUAAGUCUUUUCCUGGUCCUGAUGUUGUGGGAACUCUUCAGCUUCUCAAUAAUGAAUAUGAACUUCUGAAGAAGAAAUACCUAGAAGAGUCAUCAGAGAGGAAGAUCCUUUACAACGAAGUGAUUGAGCUUAAAGGAAACAUCAGAGUUUUCUGCAGAUGUAGACCUCUAAGCCAAGUUGAAAUCUCGAAUGGUUCCUCUUCUGUGGUUGAAUUUGACUCAUCUCAGGAUGCUGAGCUGCAAAUAAUAUCUUCUGAUUCUUCCAAGAAACAAUUCAAGUUUGAUCAUGUAUUUAGGCCUGAGGAUGGCCAAGACAUUGUAUUUGCACGUACUAAACCCAUAGUCACUUCUGUGUUGGAUGGUUAUAAUGUUUGCAUUUUUGCACAUGGGCAAACUGGAACUGGGAAAACAUUUACUAUGGAGGGAACACCGGAAAAUAGAGGAGUUAAUUACAAGACAUUGGAGGAGUUGUUUCGUAUUGCUGGAGAGAGAGGUGGUGUGAUGAAAUAUGAACUGUUUGUCAGCAUGAUGGAGGUCUACAACGAAAAGAUAAGGGACCUUCUAGGAGAAAACUCCAACCAGCCUACUAAAAGGUUGGAUAUCAAGCAAGCAGCAGAUGGAACACAAGAAGUUCCAGGAGUUGUCGAAGCUAGUGUUUACAAUACAGAGGAAGUUUGGGAGCUGCUAAAAUCUGGAAACAAGGUCAGAUCAGUUGGAGCUACCAACGCUAAUGAGAUGAGCAGUCGUUCUCACUGCUUGUUACGUGUAACUGUAAGGGGAACAAAUUUGAUGAAUGGCCAAAAGACUAGGAGUCACCUAUGGCUGGUAGAUUUGGCUGGCAGUGAGCGUGUUGGGAAGAUUGAAGUUGAAGGUGAAAGAUUGAAGGAAUCCCAGUUCAUAAAUAAAUCUCUCUCAGCGCUUGGUGAUGUAAUUUCCGCCCUGGCAUCCAAAACGUCCCAUAUUCCUUACAGGAACUCAAAGCUCACACAUAUGUUACAGAGCUCUCUAGGAGGAGAUUGCAAGACCGUGAUGUUUGUACAGAUCAGCCCAUCUAGUUUGGACCUUGGGGAGACCCUCUGUUCACUGAAUUUUGCUAGCCGAGUUAGGGGGAUUGAAAGUGGUCCAGCCCGCAAACAGGUGGACCUUACUGAGCUCUACAAGUAUAAGCAAAUGGCAGAAAAGUUGAAACAUGAUGACCGGGAAACAAAGAAGUUGCAGGAUAAUGUGCAAUCCUUGCAGCUGAGACUUUCUGCCAGAGAACAUAUAUGCAAAAGUCUCCAAGAAAAGGUUCGUGACCUAGAAAAUCAGCUAGCGGAGGAACGGAAGACCCGGUUAAAGCAGGAAACCAGAGCUUUUGCUUCUUCGUCUUCUGCUGCUUCUACUAGACCACCUCUUAGAAAAGCAGCAGAGAAAAAACCGCCACUUGGUCCAUCGAAAGCGAGGUUACCACUGCGAAGAAUCGGCAACUUCGUACCCCCAGCAUCACCUUUGGCCACCAUCAAAAAGACAUCUAGAAUGUCGAUGGUAGCAUCAUCAAACGACAAAGAAAACCACUCUGAAACCGCGAUGGCAAACAGAAAAAACCUUUUGAAACCAAGACGUUCUUCCAUUGCCAUCAAACCUCCAAUAGCCAAUACUCAAGUUCUUCAGCCUAAAAGGCGGGUAUCCAUCGCUACCUUCCGUCCAGAUUUGCACACGACAACACCACUCCACAAGUCAGCUUCCGGUUUCAACAAUGGUACAAUGGACAGACCAUCAUUAGCGAGGGAUGCCCGGAAGGCAAGGUAUUCAAGGUUGUUUUCUCCAUUGCCAGGGUUUAGGAAUCCAUCAGAGACAUCACCUACAGCCAUGAGAAGCAGCAGCAAGUUCAUGGGGAGCCCUCCGGCCGCGCAGGCGGGUUCAUGGAAGCCAAGGCAUCCGACCGUUGUUGCUUUGCAACGGAAAUCGUUGGUGUGGAGUCCGCUCAAGUUAAAAGGUAUUCAAAGUAGUUAACAGGAAGUCGUCGUUUUUGCCUUUGCGACCUUCUUCCGAGAAGCAAUGAAGGUUCGAAUUCGAAUCUGCAUUGCAGCUCCUAUUGACAGAUUGAUUACCAAAGUGAA